AUGCCACCUGGACCAUUUCCCUAUCCCUUCAUUGGCAACAUGCCUGAUAUGAUGUGUGAUCCCAUAAAUCCUUUAGCUAAACUGGCUGAACAAUAUGGAGAUAUAUUCACUGUCACUUUUCCUGGAGGUGGAGCUAGUGUGGUUGUUUUAAGUUCCGCAUCACUUGUGAGAGAAGCAAGACUUGGUAGACACGAUGAUCUUUCAGGACGAUCGCCAGCGUCCUUUUAUCCUUGGGGAGAAAUACUUGGAGAAGAUUUAUUAACAGCAGAUUAUUCACCUGAAUUUCGAUUUCGUAGAAGAGUGUUUAAAUCUGCGAUGCAUGUUUUGGGUGCUGGUAUUGACGAAGCAUCACAACGUGUUGGACAUGCCGUUGAUAUUGCAAUAGGAGAUCUCGAGACCAGGAAAGGAAUUCCAUUCUCCCCUAAGAAACUUUUCGAGUCCUCGAUACUUGUACAACUUUGGGAAUGGCUCACAUCCAAGAAAGUUCAAUUGAAUGAUCCAACUAUCGAAUGUUUGUCCUUAUUUGGAGAAAUUGUUUCUAAACAAUCUAUGUAUGCGAAUAUGUACCAAAUGAUACCAUAUAUGAAAUAUUUACCAACGCAAUUCAACCGUGAUAUAAAGCGCGCACAACAGAUUAAGAACGAAAUCUUCCAUAAAGAGUACCAAGCCCACAUCGAAACCUACACACCAGGUAUUAUCCGUGAUCUAACCGAUAGCUUCAUCAGCUGCUACGAAAAAGAAAUUGCAAAAGAAACUACUAAAAACAUUGGGUCGAUGGACGAUAUCGCUAGUUUAAUGUGUGACGUAAGCUUUGGAGGGUCCGAUACAACGUCCACGUCACUUGCUUGGUUAUUUCUUUAUAUGAUAUUGCAUCCAGAUGUACAAAUAAAGGUUCACAAAGAACUCGAUAUUGUUGUAGGAAACGAACGCUUACCUAAUUGGACGGACGUCGAGAACAUGCCAUACCUCCAGGCUACGUUAUGUGAGGUCCAAAGGACAUCGGGUUUAUUGGUCAACGCCGGGUCGAACGCGAUCCGAGACAUGACAAUUGGAGGCUACCAUAUUCCCAAAGGAACCUUUGUUAAUCUCGGUCUUGCGAAACUGCAUCAUGACAAAAGAGAAUGGCCAGAACCAGAGAAAUUUAAACCUGAACGAUUUCUUGAUUCUGAUGGAAAAUUUGUCGGCUGGAGUAAACUUCAUGGUUUCCUUCCGUUUGCUGUUGGCCGUAGAGAAUGUCCUGGUCAGUCACUGGCUAAGAUCAUGAUGUUUACCUUUGCUUCUGUAUUACUGUAUCUUUACAAAAUUGAAAUACCGGAAGGAGAUGAAAUUCCAACUGCGGACGUAUCGGCCCCUGCUGUAAUUAUGCGUCCAAACGAUUUUAACGUUGUCGCGAAGAAACGAAAUAAUUUCAGAAAAAAAGCUCCUUCAGUGUUACCUUGA